CCAAAGAUGACUCAGUUGUUGAUCCGCGCUAUACCUACGUUCAUGUACAAAUAAGUGUUAGAUCGAUUAACUUUAGUUAAGGAGUGUCUGACAUGUAGUGAUUUUUGAGUAAAAAAGCCUGUAUAUAUAUUAUUACCGUAUUUUUCCCCCCUUUUUGGAUCGAAUACCGUCUCUUAUUCUUAGUUCUUAAACAACAUAAGCGUUUUCUUUGUUCUUCCACUUGUAGAUCUGUCCGGAGUGAUGCGAUCUUUGUCUUCGACGUGCACUUGAGAUCGUAGAAAGUGGAGCUUAAGGAAGGUAGGGAUUUCAAGGGGGUAAACACUUGGUAAAGUGUGGAUUUUUCUCAAGGGAAAAUUAGUGAUUUUUGAAAAGGGGUGAAAGUGAGGAUGCUGUGGAGUAAUUCUUGAAGAAUUCUGUUAAAGAUUGGGUUUUUAAAUCUAGGUUUCCUUCUUGGAUUUCGAUUAUGGGUGGGGGUGGGUGUUUUCCUUGUUUUGGAUCAUCAAACAAGGAAGAGACUAAUGGUGGGGGCUCCAUUAAAGAACUGGGCAAGAAGGAUUCAGCUAAAGAUGGCUCUGUUGGACAGUCUCAUCAUGUUAAUAGAGUUAGUUUGGACAAAUCAAAAUCCCAGAGUGCUACUGAUUCUAAAAAGGAACCUGCAGUAUCUAAAAAUGGACCGACAGAAAAUAUUGCGGCCCAAACAUUUACAUUUCGGGAGCUUGCUGCUGCCACGAGAACUUUAGGCAGGAGUGUCUGUUGGGAGAAGGUGGUUUUGGACGUGUUUACAAAGGUCGUUUGGAGAGUACAGGACAGGUAGUUGCCGUCAAACAGCUUGAUAGAAAUGGCCUUCAGGGGAAUAGAGAAUUUCUUGUUGAAGUUCUCAUGCUUAGCCUCUUACACCACUCGAACCUUGUCAACCUGAUUGGUUAUUGUGCCGAUGGGGACCAACGCCUCCUUGUCUAUGAGUUUAUGCCUUUAGGGUCAUUGGAGGAUCAUUUACAUGGUAAGGGUGCCCAUCUUUUGGUUUUCGU